UCCAGCUCUGCUGCUGCUCUACAGAUACACUGAUAUACAACCCGCAGCCCUGCUGUUACUCAGCCGACAUGCUGGCGCUCAUUAACCGCUUCCUAGACUGGUUCAAGUCGCUCUUCUGGAAGGAGGAGAUGGAGCUGACCCUCGUUGGACUUCAGUAUUCGGGGAAAACCACGUUUGUGAAUGUGAUAGCUUCGGGGCAGUUCAGUGAAGACAUGAUUCCAACAGUUGGAUUCAACAUGAGGAAGGUCACAAAAGGCAACGUCACGAUUAAGAUUUGGGAUAUAGGUGGGCAGCCCAGGUUUAGGAGCAUGUGGGAACGGUACUGCAGAGGAGUCAAUGCAAUAGUGUACAUGGUGGACGCAGCGGACCGAGACAAAGUAGAAGCUUCCAGAAAUGAGCUGCACAAUCUGUUAGACAAACCCCAGUUACAAGGAAUCCCUGUAUUGGUACUUGGAAACAAGAGGGAUCUACCCAGCGCGCUGGACGAGAAACAGCUUAUUGAAAAAAUGAACUUGGCUGCUAUUCAAGACAGAGAGAUCUGCUGCUACUCCAUUUCCUGCAAAGAGAAAGAUAACAUUGACAUCACACUGCAGUGGCUCAUCCAGCACUCUAAAACGCGGAGGAGCUGAGAGCGUGGAGCUCUGUGUGUUUCCAGCUUCGUCUGCUGCCAUGUUACUCACUCACACCCCAUCAUCCUGCUCACUCGGUGAAAACUGUACAGCUGUCCAUCCUGCUGUCCCUUCAUCACACUACCCUCCCUCUAGCUCCUCACACGUGUCCCUCUCACGCCCAUCCUUAUAAUACUCGCUCUGACUCCGGCCGCCGCUAAACGCUGUUAUCCUGCAGAACCGGCGCCUCCACCUUCCACACUGCGGCGCCUCAGCGCUGCAGAAGAUCCACAGCCUGCUAAACUAUGGAAGAAGCUCAGUGCUUUCUCCUCUAUAUGAUGGGGUGUGACGGUUCUCCAGACCUGUUCUCCAGACCAAUCCUCUCUCUCUAUACAAAAACCAGGGGAAAUAAGAAGAAGAAGACUCUGAGAUCAAGUUCUGUCCCUUUUUCCCCCUCUUUUCUCUUUUCUUCCUCCUCCCAGUCAGGUCUUGCUCACGUGAGAGUGUAAUUAUGUAUGACUGUUGCUUUCUCUUGCUUCUCUCUCUCUCGUCUUUGGCCAAAAUGUUUCUCCUGAGAAAAGUCGUGUGUAAUUUAACGAAAAGGAAUGAUUAAAUAAGCCAGCAUAUAGCUCGACAGGUAUGUACAAAUGUUGAUCAAGUAAGAUUUUUACAGAAAAAAAAAAAAAGGUGUGCAGAAAUAUAUUUAAGUGAAUGUAUGAUGAAAGGUGUAGGUGUAGUUUUUCCUUUAGAUGCUGUUGGUGAGCUUGGCGAGAGAACGGGUGAAGUUAAAAGUGCCUUGUGCCGCGUUUAUCUCUCUCUCUCCAGCUGAACAGUACGCCGGGUGUGCCUGCCUGGAAAUUUGAUGGGAAAAAAAAAUGACAAACUUAUUAGUAAGAAAUGAAUGAAAUAAAAAUAGGCAUGCUUUUAAGGUAGGUUAUAUUGUACCAUUUGUCAUUAUAUCAACACAAUCUUUGCUUUGAUCUCUGUGAAGAGGCAUAAAUAUAUUUGGAACCCCACUAUUAUCAAUGCACUUUUGUAAAUACCAACCAAUAAACAAUUGUUGGAGUCUAAAAGGAA